CUUUUAUUAUUCUUUGUUUAACUUGGAGGCCAUAACAGCAACUCGUUGAACUUGGUAACAUUUUCCAUAGGCAAACGGCAUUGAUCGGACAAUCUUACAGUCAUAUGCUAGCGUUUCUUCCUUAUGAAAAAGAAGGAACAGUCGGUUUAAGUUUGUUUUAGAAAGGUUUGUGGAGACAUGAAAUGCAAACAUGCCUAGACUUGCCUUAUAAAAACAAUAUGCUUGGUCAUUUGAGCAAAAGGGAAUUCUUAACCUCUUCUACGUCAAUAAACCUCGAGGUAACCUCUAGUGCUUGAAGAAGAAUUAGACAUGGCCGUUGACAAGAAAGUUGCGUUUCAUAAAAGCGGUCCCACUUGCAUUUUAGUGGCUGUUAUAUUAUUGCUAGUUGCUGAAGCAUUAUUCCUACAUUUAAAGAUAUACAAAACGGACAGUGUGCUGACAAAAAGAAUAGAUGAACUGGAAAGAAAGCAAGAGAUAACUGAACGGAAAUUUAAAGAAUGCCAAAGCAAAGCUGGCGAACAAAAGCAAAAGGACCUGAGCUACUAUUCACAACUUUUUAACAGAGAAUUUAGGAAAUUAGAAAGACUAAAACGAAGAUCACGACGCCAUAUUGAACCAAACCUGGCUCUCAUAUUGCAAUAUCUAAAAUUUGGACACAAAGAUGGUGGGUAUUGCGGCAAUGUGACAUUGGUAUGCGAAAAGGGUGACAGAGGUGCAAGGGGAAAGCCAGGCCCGCGUGGCGCCAAAGGAGAUGCAGGACAACGAGGGGAUAUCGGUCCUGUUGGUGUGAUGGGUCCUCCAGGUCAAAAGGGGGACAGGGGGCCUAAGGGUGAGCCUGGGUUACCGGGUCGGUCGAUUUCAAAGCCACGAAUUGUGUCAAAGUUUCCAAAUAUAGUCUACAAAACAGUUGGUUCAAAUUUUACGUUGUUAUGUGAAGCCGACGGGAAUCCUACACCAAAACUUGUCUGGAGCUUCGGGUCAAAAACGCAAGAUUCAAGGUACAGUUUUCCAGCUCCAGGUGCCCUCGCUAUUUCAGCAAUACAGGAGAAUGACAACGGUGUAAUUAAGUGUGUUGCAGAGAAUAUUCUUGGAACAGAUGCGGUUGAAACUGAACUGUCUGUCCUAACAAAGCCUAAGGUAUUCAUCAACUCCAAAAAAGCCACUGGAACAGCUGGGUUUCCUUUGGAAAUCAACUGCAGUGCUACUGGUAAUCCUAUGCCAAAGCUUAGCUGGAGAAAGGCUCAUGGUCUGACCAGUGGCAAAGAGGUUCUUGCUACUGAUCAGAAAAGCAUUUCCCUCAAGUUUACAAAAAUUGUUUCUGAUGAUGCAGGGCACUAUAUUUGCGAAGCAGAAAAUGACAAUGGUUUAGCAUCACAGUCAGUUUUUCUUGACGUUGAAUUUUGGUCAGACUGUCUGUCAUUGAGGAAAAGCGGGCAGUCGAAAAGUGGAAUCUAUAUAAUAAACCCAGACAACGGCAUAGCUUUCUCUGUUUAUUGUGACAUGGAAAAUGAGGGGGGUGGCUGGACGGUGAUUCAGAGACGUGUUGAUGGGUCAAUAGAUUUCUAUCGAAACUGGGAAGAAUAUAAGACAGGCUUUGGGGAUUUGAGAAGUGAAUUUUGGCUUGGAAAUGAGAAAAUUCACCGCCUUACAAAGCAAAAGGAUACGAAGAUUCGGUUUGAUCUUGAAGAUGUGGAUGGCAACAAAGCUUUUACAGAGUAUAAUACCUUUUAUAUUGAUGGCGAAGAUAAACAAUUUACAGCACAUGUAAGUUCUUACUCAGGAACGGCUGGCAAUUCAUUUUCAGAUACAAAUGGGCGUAAAUUUUCAACCAAAGAUAAAGAUCACGACACGAAUCCAGGUGGACGUUGUGCUGUGGAAUAUCAUGGUGCGUGGUGGUACGAUAACUGUCAUUUAUCCAAUUUAAAUGGAAGAUAUCUAAAUGGUCCACAUAAGUCGUUUGCCAAUGGGGUAAAUUGGCAAGCGUUCAAAGGUUAUCACAACUCAUUGAAAAGAACUGCCAUGAAAAUAAAGCCGCGGAAUUAUUUCUGGUUGAUCUCCCUCGACAACUAUCUCAGGCUCGACGACAAGCUUUCAGUACCUCUAGUGCUUGAAGAAGAAUUAGACAUGGCCGUUGACAAGAAAGUUGCGUUUCAUAAAAGCGGUCCCACUUGCAUUUUAGUGGCUGUUAUAUUAUUGCUAGUUGCUGAAGCAUUAUUCCUACAUUUAAAGAUAUACAAAACGGACAGUGUGCUGACAAAAAGAAUAGAUGAACUGGAAAGAAAGCAAGAGAUAACUGAACGGAAAUUUAAAGAAUGCCAAAGCAAAGCUGGCGAACAAAAGCAAAAGGACCUGAGCUACUAUUCACAACUUUUUAACAGAGAAUUUAGGAAAUUAGAAAGACUAAAACGAAGAUCACGACGCCAUAUUGAACCAAACCUGGCUCUCAUAUUGCAAUAUCUAAAAUUUGGACACAAAGAUGGUGGGUAUUGCGGCAAUGUGACAUUGGUAUGCGAAAAGGGUGACAGAGGUGCAAGGGGAAAGCCAGGCCCGCGUGGCGCCAAAGGAGAUGCAGGACAACGAGGGGAUAUCGGUCCUGUUGGUGUGAUGGGUCCUCCAGGUCAAAAGGGGGACAGGGGGCCUAAGGGUGAGCCUGGGUUACCGGGUCGGUCGAUUUCAAAGCCACGAAUUGUGUCAAAGUUUCCAAAUAUAGUCUACAAAACAGUUGGUUCAAAUUUUACGUUGUUAUGUGAAGCCGACGGGAAUCCUACACCAAAACUUGUCUGGAGCUUCGGGUCAAAAACGCAAGAUUCAAGGUACAGUUUUCCAGCUCCAGGUGCCCUCGCUAUUUCAGCAAUACAGGAGAAUGACAACGGUGUAAUUAAGUGUGUUGCAGAGAAUAUUCUUGGAACAGAUGCGGUUGAAACUGAACUGUCUGUCCUAACAAAGCCUAAGGUAUUCAUCAACUCCAAAAAAGCCACUGGAACAGCUGGGUUUCCUUUGGAAAUCAACUGCAGUGCUACUGGUAAUCCUAUGCCAAAGCUUAGCUGGAGAAAGGCUCAUGGUCUGACCAGUGGCAAAGAGGUUCUUGCUACUGAUCAGAAAAGCAUUUCCCUCAAGUUUACAAAAAUUGUUUCUGAUGAUGCAGGGCACUAUAUUUGCGAAGCAGAAAAUAAAGUUGGCGUAACAUCUGACUCUGUCCUUCUUGAAAUACAAGAAAGAGAUUGUUCAUCGUGGAGGAAAAGCGGGCAAUCAAAAAGUGGAAUCUAUAUAAUAAAUCCAGACAACGGCAUAGCUUUCUCUGUUUAUUGUGACAUGGAAAAUGAGGGGGGUGGCUGGACGGUGAUUCAGAGACGUGUUGAUGGGUCAAUAGAUUUCUAUCGAAACUGGGAAGAAUAUAAGACGGGCUUUGGGGAUUUGAGAAGUGAAUUUUGGCUUGGAAAUGAGAAAAUUCACCGCCUUACAAAGCAAAAGGAUACGAAGAUUCGGUUUGAUCUUGAAGAUGUGGAUGGCAACAAAGCUUUUGCAGAGUAUAAUACCUUUUAUAUUGAUGGCGAAGAUAAACAAUUUACAGCACAUGUAGGUUCUUACUCAGGAACGGCUGGCGAAUCAUUUUCAAAUACAAAUGGGCGUAAAUUUUCAACCAAAGAUAAAGAUCACGACACAUAUCCAGAUGGAAGUUGUGCUGUGGAAUAUCAUGGUGCGUGGUGGUAUGGAAAAUGUCAUUCAUCCAAUUUAAAUGGAAGAUAUCUAAAUGGUCCACAUAAGUCGUAUGCCAAUGGGGUAAAUUGGCAAGCGUUCAAAGGUUAUCACAACUCAUUGAAAAGAACUGUCAUGAAAAUAAAGCUACGGAAUUAGCCAAGAACAAAAUUUAACAGAAAUGGCAGCUAUGCUAGCAGUUGUAGAAAAUAGUUAACAACUUAUGUAACAGAUAAAAGAUUGUAAACGAUGAGAAAAAUGUAAAAGAGUAGCUUAUAGCAUAUGUUAGAAACAUAUAAAUGCUUAAAUGC